AUGGAGCUCAGACGUUCGUCGCGGCUGAAGACGCAUGCCACCGACCACGACCAGUCGGAAGCCCCCGAAGAGCCUGAAAACCCGGCCGGCGAGCCCGUAGCCCGCACACAGCUGCGUAAACGACGCCGCACUGGCGCUGGGGCCAACUCCACGGCCGCUGCUCCUUCAAUCAACACGCGUGCCAAGAUGCUGGGCAGGCCCCCGUACGGCGUGUGUGGAUCCGACCUUACAACACAGGGCCCCAUGGGUGGUGACACUUCGACAUUGGCGUGCGACGUGGGCGUCGUAAAUGCGUGUCGCGACAAAUUGCUAGUCUUGACAGAAAAGACUACGUCCGGGCACGACGUUGCACUUUCGACCAUUAUUUCGCAAGCCGAGGGCCUCGCAGUAUCGCUGCUCAAGCUUCAAGCGGAGGAUCAACUGGACCAGCAGACUUUACUGCAACAAAUCAAAUUGCAAGUGCAAUCUUCUGGGAAAACCAUGAAUGACAGCGACGUGGUGCUCACGCAGACGCUGGGGAAUUCCAAUCUUCGCGAGGAGGCCGUCAUGAAGUUCGUGGCACAAUUGCACGGCAUUGACAUGCAGGAUGUGGCCGAUAUCGCUGUGCCUCGCGACAAAAACUCCGACCGGCCCUCGACCAAGCGCAACGACUUCCAACUCAUCAACAACCGCAUCAAUCGUAUGCUCGUGCGGGAGCGCGACAUAUCAUUACAUUGGCCUGACAAAAGACGCAAGCCACCUAAAAAAUCCAAGUCCACUGCAUCUUCCCCACUCCCGACGGAGCGUCUGGAUACCUUCGAUGACGUUGCACUCUUUUCAUAG